AACUUUCAUUUUCUAUAAAUACAACCCUGGGUGCUUACAGGCAGUUAACAGUCUGAACUCCUUCAAGACACAUCUCUUCUGUCUAUCACAAGAAAUACUUCAACAAACAUGGAAACAACUCCAGAAACGGUCGUCUGCUCGACUCCCAGCACACGGCUCCAGGACCUGACCAAGGACCCAGUGGGAAUUCAAGACCAGAUGAACCAGCUGGUAUCCCAAAACACUGGCCUCGAAGAAGAGAAGCAGAGAAUCCUGACGGCGCUACGUGCCGAGAGAACCAUCAGGAAAAAUGUCCAAAAGGACUGCAAGAACAAGGAGCAGGAGAAAAACGACGAGAUCCUCCUUCUUAAGGAAAGCUUAAAGAAGGAGAAGAACAUCUCACUUUCUGCCAAAGUUCACCUCAAGCGGGUCGUCGGGCUCUGGAAAGAGGAGCGGGAGAAAAACAAAGAGAUCCCCUUGCUCAAGGAAAGCUUAAAGGCGCAGAAGAACAUCUCUAUUUCUGCCGAAUUUGACUUCCACCGGGCUCUCGGCCUCUGGAAACAGGAGCAGGAGAAAAACAAAGAGGAGAAGAAGAACAAGAACGCAACUAUUAAAACCCUGGCUGAGGACAAUGUUCGACUGUGCCAUGUCGUUCAAGAAAAAGACGCCCUGAUUAAGAAAAUGUCAGAAGAAAAGAUGGCUUUGGAAAGAAAGACUUUGGAGGACGAAGCCGAGCAUAUGGACAAGCAACGGCAGAUGAUCCAGAGAGAAGCUGAGUUCCAAACUAAACUCACCGCUCUGGAAGAAGAAAUGGCCCAAGAGCUCGCUGCAAAGCAGAGCUUAGAGAAGCAGUAUGAGAUGGAGAAGGAGAGAAGAGAAAAGGAGUGGAUCCACCAAGGGAACCUGAUGGACCAGGAGAUCCAGCUCUUAAAAGAAAAGGUCUCAGCUCUUCAGAUGCAGAGCCACAGAGACAUGGAGACAUUGAGCAGAAGGAUGGAGAAGUGCCAGACCAAAGAGAAACAAAUGGAGAACACCAUCAACCUCCUAACAGCUCAAAACGCUGAACUUCAGGUCCAUCUGGUCCGCCUGCAGGACCUGGCUCAGAAGACUGAUAAGGAGAAGGCCUGCAUGAGAAAAGAGCAGGAAAAGGCCCAGAAGGCAGCAGAAGACAGGCUGAAAAAGGAGAGGAAAGAGGAGGAGAAGCGAGCGAAUAAACAGAAGGAGGAAAACAAGAAGCAAGAGAAGGAAGAACUGAAAAGGCAGAAGAGGGAAAAAGAGGAGAUGGAGAAACGAGUCAAGAAAGAGAGGAAGGAGCAGGAGAAGAGAGAGAAGGAGGGAUUGAAAAUACAGAAGAAAGAAAGGGAGAGAGUGAGAGUGACGGAGGAGCAGCAGAACGAGGUGAGAGAGGAUUAACUCCAUCAACCUGUCUCUCCUCCACUUCAUCUCAACCCCCCCCCCCCCCCCCCCCCCCCUAGUAACCGGGUGAUCCGGUUACCAUAGCGUUGGUGGACUCCAGGUGAUCUGGUUUCUGCCACGUUUCAAGAACUUGCAGGUUCAUUUUAACAUAGCGAUGGUGGACUCCAGGUGAUCUGGUUUCUGCCACGUUUCAAGAACUUGCAGGUUCAUUUUAACAUAGCGUUGGUGGACUCCAGGUGAUCUGGUUUCUGCCACGUUUCAAAUAUAAAAAAAUAAAUUCAUUUCUAAAAUGAAUCUCUUAUCUGUGCAUGUGUCUUUUU